GUCCACUGCCCACGGUAACAAUUAGCUUUGUAAUAUUGCUCCAGUUCCUAGUUUUGUUUGGGAAAUUUGACUCUUAUUAAAGUCGGAGCAUUGCGGACAUUUACGUGUUUAUGCAGUGAGACAUUAUCUCAACUUAUCCUUAUUUGUUCUGUUUGAUCGGAUCUUCUAGAAGGCGGGGAAGCAGCCAUGGACAGCGAGAUGUCUGAUAUGGACCAGGCUCCAGCUAUGAAAAACACUGUAGGAGAUGGAGAGAAUGCUCCUCUCUACUGCAUUUGUCGAAAACCAGACAUUAACUGCUUCAUGAUUGGUUGUGACAAGUGCAAUGAGUGGUUUCAUGGUCACUGUAUAAAUGUGACAGAGAAGAUGGCCAAAGCUAUAAGGGAGUGGUACUGCCACCAGUGUCGGGAAAGGGAUCCAUCUCUUUCAAUACGCUACCGGAAAAAGAACCGUGAUAAAGACAUUGAGCCAGAGAGGGUUGAAAAACGAUCCAGCACGCCAGAGUACAAGACCGAUAAGCGCCGUGGGUCUAAAGUUAGUGUUUCUUCAGUGAAGCGAUCAGCCCGUAUGUGUGGUGAAUGCGAACCCUGCACUAGGAAUGAGGACUGUGGUCAGUGUGACUUCUGUAAAGACAUGAAGAAAUUUGGGGGCCCUAACAAGAUUCGUCAGAAAUGUCGUCUAAGGCAGUGUGUCGUCCGUGCUCGGAAAAUGCUACGUGUUCGGGAUGAGGAGUUUUCUCUGCGUGAGAGGAAGGACAAUAUAAUGCACAGAGAUAGACGAUACUUGGAUGAUUACGACGAGAACGAUAUGGAGCCAUAUGAGCACUACAAGGACAGAAAUGCGUCAUGGGGCAGUGAUGAUGAUGAAGACGGCCAACUUUACAGUCCUGUCCCACGGAAGAAAGCUUUAAAAGUCAAGCACGUCAAGAGGAGAGACAAAAAAAUUGACAAAAAGAAAGAGUCCCGUCGCCACAAGCAGAAACAGAAGCACCGUGAUCGUUUGAGGCACAGCGAGAGGGGAGACAGCAGACAUGGAGGAGACAUGCAACAGUGCCUGGGGCCGAACUGUAUUGAGCUGACACGUCCGAACUCAAAAUACUGCUCUGAGGACUGUGGCAUGAAGCUGGCUGCCAACCGGAUCUACGAGAUCCUCCCGCAGCGAAUCCAGCAGUGGCAGCAGAGCCCCUGCGUCGCUGAGGAACAGGGCAAAAAACAGCUGGAGCGCAUCCGCAGGGAGCAGCAGGCUGCACGGAUGCGCCUUGCCGAAAUGGAGCGCCGUUUCCACGAGCUCGAGGGCAUCAUUGCCAAAGCCAAGCAGCAGGUGGUCCAACAGGAUGAGGAUGUGAAUGAAACUGACAGUGAGGACACAGACCUUCAGAUAUUCUGUGUGUCCUGCAGUCACCCCAUCAACCCCAAGGUGGCGCUGAGGCAUAUGGAGAGAUGUUAUGCCAAGUACGAAAGCCAGACCUCAUUCGGUUCCAUUUUCCCCACCAGAAUAGAAGGGGCAACAAGACUCUUCUGUGACGUGUACAACCCUCAGAGUAAAACAUACUGCAAGAGACUCCAAGUUUUAUGUCCAGAACAUUCCAGAGACCCAAAGGUCCUAGCAGAUGAGGUGUGUGGAUGUCCACUAGUGCGUAACGUGUUUGACCCGACUGGAGACUACUGCAGGGUUUCAAAACGCAAGUGCAACAAGCAUUACUGCUGGGAGAAGCUCAGACGGGCAGAGGUGGACCUUGAGCGUGUCAGAGUGUGGUACAAGCUGGAUGAGUUGUUUGAACAAGAACGCAAUGUGAGGACGGCCAUGACCAACAGAGCAGGACUACUGGCCCUCAUGCUCCACCAGACCAUCCAGCAUGACCCCCUGACCACUGACCUCCGCAACAACAAAGACAGAUAGCCAUGUGAACUAUCAGUGCUCACUUAAAAAAUUAUUUGUUUAUAUUUGUAUACUUUUCAUAUUGUAUAUUUGUCACUAUUUGGACAGUCAUUCAUAUUAAACAUAUUCUUCAUGUCUCCUU